AUGAAGACUUUACUAGCGAACAUAAAGCUGGUAGGGCUCGACCCUCGCUCCAUCAAGCACACGGCCUUCCCUCAGCCGACGCCAGCGCCCUCGCUGCGGAGACAUGUAGACCAGUCAGGUCGCCGGCAACAGCCCGAGGAAUGCGUGCCCAAGGGGCCGAAGGACUACUAUGAUGAUGACGUGAAGGUGGCCACUGUGCAGAUCCCUGAGCAUAUGGAUCAUAUCCAUUACGCCGUCACAACUCCAGUACCGUACCUAACCGUCGGCCCAAUAGCCGGUCUGGGCUACCACCCUAGUACCAUCAAGUCUGAAUACCCAUCUGAAUGUGAGAAGAUCUACCAGGAUCACAUAGCGGCGCAGUUCUCUAGCGAGUCCAAUGAAAUGGACAACGAGUCUAUGGAAAUGACCAGGGUUCACAUCAAAGACUUGGCGGACGCUCAAGCUGGUAGAGGUAAUUGGAAGAGGGGUUUGGAGGACGAGUAA